AUGACCUUCCACAAUCUCCGGAAAACUUUUGAGCAGGAGCCCUUGGGGAAAGAAGUGUCCCUGGAGCAAGAGGUCCUGCUCCAGUGCCGUCCCCCCGAAGGCAUCCCCGUAGCCGAGGUGGAGUGGCUGAAGAAUGAAGAGGUGAUUGAUCCCGUGGAAGACCGAAAUUUUUACAUCACCAUCGAUCACAACCUGAUCAUUAAGCAAGCCCGGCUUUCUGACACAGCCAAUUACACUUGUGUUGCCAAAAACAUCGUGGCCAAAAGGAAGAGCACCACAGCGACUGUGAUUGUCUAUGUGAACGGAGGCUGGUCUACCUGGACCGAGUGGUCAGUGUGUAACAGCCGAUGCGGGAGAGGCUUUCAGAAGCGUACGAGGACCUGCACCAAUCCUGCCCCACUCAACGGUGGUGCCUUCUGCGAGGGCCAGAGUGUUCAGAAAAUAGCUUGCACCACUCUGUGUCCAGUGGACGGCAAGUGGACGUCCUGGAGCAAGUGGUCCACCUGCGGCACAGAGUGCACCCACUGGCGCCGGAGGGAGUGCACGGCCCCGGCGCCCAAGAACGGGGGGAAGGACUGCGAGGGGCUGGUGCUGCAGUCCAAGAACUGCACCGACGGGCUCUGCAUGCAGGGUUUCAUUUAUCCUAUUUCAACUGAACAGAGAACGCAGAAUGAAUAUGGAUUUUCUUCUGCUCCUGACUCAGAUGACGUUGCUCUCUACGUCGGGAUCGUCAUAGCCGUGAUCGUGUGCCUGGCUAUUUCCGUGGUCGUGGCCCUGUUUGUCUAUCGCAAGAACCACCGUGACUUUGAGUCAGAUAUUAUCGACUCCUCAGCGUUAAAUGGGGGAUUUCAGCCUGUUAACAUCAAGGCUGCAAGGCAAGACCUCCUGGCAGUGCCACCAGACCUCACUUCUGCUGCAGCCAUGUACAGGGGUCCUGUUUAUGCCUUGCAUGAUGUCUCUGAUAAAAUCCCAAUGACCAAUUCUCCAAUCCUGGACCCACUGCCCAACCUGAAGAUCAAGGUUUAUAACACCUCCGGCGCAGUCACACCCCAGGAUGACCUCUCUGAUUUCUCCUCCAAGCUGUCCCCGCAGAUUACGCAGUCUCUGCUGGAGAACGAGACCCUGAACAUGAAGAACCAGAGCCUUGCUCGGCAAACAGACCCAUCGUGCACCGCAUUUGGGACCUUCAACUCCUUAGGAGGUCACCUAGUAAUUCCCAAUUCAGGAGUAAGCUUGCUGAUCCCAGCGCGGGGCCGUUCCACAAGGGAGAGUCUAGAAAUGUAUGUGACAGUUCACAGGAAGGAGAACAUGAG